AUGAAGUUUUUGACUUCAAUAUAUCGCGAGGCGUUGCCCGCGGAUUACGAAAGCUCCGUAACUGAGGCAAACGCUUACGAUUUGCAACAAAUCUUAUAUAAACAUAACAGAGUUUUUGGAAGUGUCUAUAAAUUUGAAAAUUUCAGAAAUGUGUUUUCAUCUCCACCAGUUUCAUCGGAAUCCGUCACCUUCUUGAGAUUUUGGAAAGGUAUCGAGUCGCUUUUGGAUAAAGAUAGUCGCAUAUCGCCAUCUAUGCCUGAUGUGUUGCAAAAAGCAUGUUUCGUGGAUGACCCGUACGUGACAUCAAUGAGAUAUUUCAGAGAUGAAAUACUAAAGAACGAGAUGUCCUUAACGAAAACGGAAUUAAUAGAAACAAUAAAAAAGUCGCAAGAAAGUAGCGAAUUGGCAGACUUUUGGCCAAAAGUAGCAGAAAACACAAAGAAAAUGUUCGUCGAGGAGAAUGUAUCAGUGCUAGGUGUAUCAUAUAUGGUAUAUAACUUCUUCGUAAAGAAGUAUUCACUGGAUCUAGAGUCAACAAUUGACGCUGAAAAUGAGCAAACGUCAUUUUCAAGCGAUGAAUUUUAUGAAAGUAAAACGGUGACAGAGUCAGCAGUAGACCAUGAUGAACAAAAAAUGGAUUUUAAGCUGGACGAAUCGAAAUUCGAUGAACGUAAUAUGGACUUUAAGUUCGACGACUCAAUAUGGAAUUAUGAGUAUAAGUAUCGCAAGCUGUUGUUUGAUUUAGAAACGUCACUGCCGAAAUUUUACACAAGUUAUUCAGAAACAAAGUCGGAGUUGAGUCAAGCAAAAGAAGACCUGAAAAGAGUAACGGAAGCAAACGAUGAGCUGAAAAAUCAAUUUACAACAGAAAAAAUGGAAUUAAUGACGACUAAUAGGAGUUUAGAGGAAAAAAUGAAUGAAAUAAAAGAGAAGAACUCGGAGUUGAAUGGAGUAUUGGUGUCAAGAGACAUGGAAAUAGAAGAGUUGACAAGAAGAGUAGAUGAGUUGACAGAAAAGUACAAUUCGUCAGACUCAUAUAAGUUUUCAAAGGAGUUGCUAGUGUACAAAGCACGUUGCGAAGGAUUAGAAAGGAGUAAUGAUGGAUUAAAUUCGAGAAUAGAAGAGCUGGAGAGGAUGAUAGAGUCAUUGGAUCAGCAUAGAGAAGAAAGAGAUAUAGACCAAGAGAAGUAUGAAUUAGAGUCUAAAAAUAGAGAAUUAUUGGAGGCAAAUGAACUUUUGCAAUCGGAAAAUGAAGAAUUGUCAAUGGAGAAUAAAGAAUUAGUUGAUAAGAAUGAAAGCAUGGAGAAAGAAAGAAAAGAACUUAUGGAGAAAGUGAAGAAUUUGGAAAAGGAGUUGGAGGAAUUAAAGAAAAUCUUACAUCAGCAUAAAGAAAAGUUAUCAGAAGAAAAUAAGAAUUUACAGAGAGCGGUAGACAAGUUGAGAGAAAAAAUGAAUGAAACUAGUUCAGAAAGGGAAGAAGACUCGUGUGAAUUAGUAGACGGUGAAGAUGAGAGCGUGGAGAAGCUGAGAUUAGAUAACGAGUUACUGCAAUCAGAACUGAGGGACUCUAAAUUGUUUAUAGAAGACUACAAAAUUAAAAUGGAAGACUAUAAGCAAACAAUAGAAAACUAUAAGUCAACAAUAGAAGGAUACAAAGUGAAAGUAGGAGAAUACGAGUCGGAUUUAAGGUCAUCAAAAGAAACAAUAAAGGACUACAGGGAAAUGAUAGAAAAAUAUGCAGAAACUAAGAAAAAUAUUAAUGAAAACAGUAACAACAGAGUAAGUAGUGUUUAUAAUGAGGAAAAUGAGAAGUUAUUAAAUGAAUUGAAGACACUAAAGAGAGAGAACGAGGUGUUAGAAUCAGAAUACAUGGAGUUGAGAAGAGAAAAUGAUAUUAAAGCGGAAGAAAUGGCCAAUUUAAAGAAGGAAUUGAAUAAAUUAAGUGAACAAAAUAAAUAUUUAGAGAAUAAAGAACAGUUAGAUAAGAAGAUAAAUGAUCAACAACUAGUAAGUCAACAGAUAGAAGAGCAAAAGCUUGAAUUGCAUCAGAAACAAAGUGAGUUGGAUAAAUAUAAGAAAAAAUUAAUAGAAACUGAGAAGAGAUUAGAUGAUAUAGAAGUGCAAAACGGAAACCUGAAAGAAAAGUUAAACGAUGUGAUACAAGAAAACAUUAACCUGGUGGCGAAGCUGGAGUUGAUGAAUCUGCCAAGUCCGCAAAACGCAACAAAUAAACUGAUGGAAAUGAUAGGAAAAUAUAACGACAUACAAAGUCCAGCGUCGUAUGACUCAGAAACGACGGAUUAUGACGUAUCAGAAUUCAGGUCAAGUAGAAGUAACCGAGGAUUGGUAAGCAGCAAAGGGGAUGUAUCAAAUAACGAAAGAGUAAGCGAUGAAAAAGUAAAUACACAUAGAACAGAUAGGACAAAUAGGACUGAGAGAGGGCAAAAAUCAAAGAAAUUAGAAACACAGCGGACAAAUAGCACAGAGAAAACGGAAAGAGCAGAACGAGCGGAUACGCACAGAACAGAUAGGACGAGUAGAAUGGAAAGUUCUAGAGCAGAGGCUAGUAGGAGUAGGCAAGAAGGGAGAUCGGCCGCGGUCAUCCGCAGAGAAACGGGAAAACUGAAAAGAACGGAAUCAAUAAGAGAUGAAUCGCCAGCGGAAAGCUACUACGACAGCCUGUCCCUGAGCAACUACGAGGAGCUAGGAAUCUCAGAGGAGCCGGACAUCAUACAAAACGCAAUUACGUACAUAUCCAAAAAGCUAAACCUAAAAUAA